AUGGCAGAGACAAUCCAGCUGAGGCCUGCAAAUGGAGGCAUUUAUCAUGCUCCUGACCUCAGCAGCAACUCCGCGAGCCGUACGAUGUCGCUACUACAGCGAAAUCACAAAGACUUUCACAUAUUCUGGAACGAUCUAGGCUACCACAAUCAUCAGGUUCAUUUCUUGCUGACAGCGUAUGCCUUGGGUGCGGGAGUCGACCGCAUCCAGCAUGCUUUUGACGCAAAUACGGCAUAUCAAAGGCCAAAUUCUCCUCCGAACGAAGAUCGGAUCAGCAAACUCGAAGACGAUUCGUAUUUCCUAAAGUUAUUGGGGAAAAAAAUGGGCGAAGGAACCUACUUCAGCGAUUUUCGGACUUUCUUUGAGCGCAAGAUGCUAAAGGAAGGGUGGCAGAAAGUUUUCGAGCAACCCGCCAUAAUCGCUGAAGCGUUAGCUCAAGCGGCUUGCCAUACGGGCUUUUUCGCCAAGUUCUUUUUCGAAGCUGAGCAGAUUGCACGCGAGCAACCUUCAGAAAAGGAAGUAAAACUGAUUGACCUCUUUAAUGAGGUAAGGCAACACCCCGAGCUCUGGGACAAACAGCACUGGCGUGGGGGGGAUAAUCUGGACGAUGAGAUCUUGUCCAAUGCACCACAGAAACUCAUCGAGAUUGCGGCCAAGUGGCAAGUCACGCCCACAGACCUCGAUAUCAAGACAGCUGAAAUGUACAACGUGAACGCCUACGCAGCGGGGGCAGCACAAUAUAAGCCCAAGGAGGUGAAGAUUGACUUCUUUCUGAUGCAUCAGGUCAAUCUGUCAAUUUUUUACCCAGUGCUCAACCAGCAGAGUUGGCUAAGUCUGGAGAACAAGGCUCGUUUACUUGAAUGGAAGGGGAGAAUCGACUUGAUCAAUUACGCCUCUCGUCUCUCACCUGAACUUCACGAAGACGAGAUCAUCACAUACAAGGCAAAAGAUCCCAGCCGAACGACUUGGGAGUCAAUUUUCCAGAAGGCCCAUAUGAUGGAUGACGAUGGCCACAUUGUGAAACUUCUACGAGCGCUUGCGUAUGGAUCCAGCUUAAGUGCCCCAUAUGAAAUGAAAGAAGAGCUCUCAGACCGGUUUCCCCUCAAGGGAAAGAAUUGGAUUCAAAUUGGAAACAUGGCGGUAGACACCACGGUAUCAGAUAUCUACCCACAGCGCUUCAUCAGAGGAGCAGGUAAUCCGGAGAAAUGGGCUAUAUUCAGAGACCGAUGA